UGACAUCACGGAGCACGUCUGAUCGUCGUCGAGGUGAUCAUCUGAUUUAUUUCUGAAGAUAUCGAGUGCGGCUGAUCCUCUGAGAUUGAUUUGUAAUCUGUGUGUGAGUGACUGUACCCAGCGGCAUCAUGGGGGAGUUGUUUCGCAGUGAGGAGAUGACUCUGGCCCAGCUCUUCCUUCAGUCUGAAGCGGCCUACUGCUGCGUCAGUGAACUGGGCGAGCUGGGAAUGGUCCAGUUCAGAGAUCUCAACCCUGAUGUGAACGUGUUUCAGAGGAAGUUUGUGAAUGAAGUGAGACGCUGUGAGGAGAUGGACAGGAAGCUCAGGUUUGUAGAGAAGGAGAUUAAGAAAGCCAACAUUCCAGCUAUGGACACUGGUGAGAAUCCUGAAGUCCCAUUCCCACGUGACAUGAUUGACCUUGAGGCAACUUUUGAGAAACUGGAGAAUGAACUGAAGGAAAUCAACACAAACCAGGAGGCCCUGAAGAAGAACUUUCUGGAGCUGACAGAACUCAAGCAUAUCCUCAGACGGACACAGCAGUUCUUUGAUGAGAUGGAGGAUCCUAACCUGUUGGAGGAGUCUUCAUCUCUGCUGGACCCCAGUGAGGCUGGCCGUGGAGCUCCACUGCGACUGGGGUUUGUUGCUGGGGUUAUAAACCGCGAGAGAAUCCCCACAUUUGAGAGGAUGCUGUGGAGAGUGUGCCGUGGAAAUGUGUUUUUGCGACAGGCGGAGAUUGAAGACCCUCUUGAAGACCCCACAACAGGAGAUCAGGUACACAAAUCUGUGUUUAUCAUCUUCUUCCAAGGAGACCAGUUGAAGAACAGAGUGAAGAAGAUCUGUGAAGGGUUUCGUGCGUCUCUGUACCCAUGCCCUGAAACCCCUCAGGAGAGGAAGGAAAUGGCAGCGGGCGUCAACACCCGCAUUGAUGACCUCCAAAUGGUGUUGAAUCAAACAGAGGAUCACCGACAGAGAGUAUUACAGGCAGCUGCUAAAACCAUACGAGUGUGGUUCAUUAAAGUGAGGAAGAUGAAGGCCAUUUAUCACACACUGAACCUCUGCAACAUCGAUGUUACACAGAAAUGUUUGAUCGCUGAAGUCUGGUGCCCCGUUUCGGACCUCGAUUCCAUUCAGUUCGCUCUGCGCAGGGGAACGGAACGGAGUGGGUCAACAGUUCCCUCCAUCUUGAACCGAAUGCAAACCAAACAGACUCCACCUACUUACAACAAGACCAACAAGUUCACGUCAGGUUUCCAGAACAUUGUGGAUGCUUAUGGGAUUGGAACCUACCGAGAGAUCAACCCAGCACCGUACACCAUCAUUACAUUCCCCUUCCUGUUUGCGGUCAUGUUUGGUGACAUGGGUCACGGCGUGUUGAUGACCUGUGCGGCGCUUUACCUCGUCAUCAGAGAGAGUCGCCUGCUUGCUCAGAAAAGUGACAAUGAGAUGUUCAGCAUGAUAUUUGCAGGGCGUUAUAUCGUUCUUCUGAUGGGGAUCUUCUCCAUCUACACCGGUCUGAUCUAUAAUGACUGCUUCUCUAAAUCACUCAACAUGUUUGGGUCUGGCUGGAGCGUGCGGCCCAUGUUUGUCCAGAAGGGUGGAAACUGGUCGUUUGGGACUCUGGACAGAAACCCUGUUCUUCAGUUGGAUCCAGCUAUUCCUGGAGUGUUUGGUGGCCCAUAUCCUCUAGGCAUUGACCCUAUCUGGAAUAUUGCAACAAACAAGCUGACGUUCCUCAACUCCUUUAAGAUGAAGAUGUCAGUAAUCCUGGGUGUCAUUCACAUGCUGUUUGGAGUCACACUCUCCCUCUUCAAUCAUCUGUACUUUAAGAAACCUCUGAACAUCUUCCUUGGUUUCAUCCCAGAGAUUGUGUUCAUGAGCAGUCUGUUUGGUUAUCUGAUCCUGCUCAUCUUUUAUAAGUGGAUGGCGUAUGAUGCAGCGACCUCUAAAGAUGCUCCCAGUCUGCUGAUAGCCUUCAUCAAUAUGUGUUUGUUCAACUACAACGACCCCACCAACAAACCCCUGUACAGAGGACAGAUGGGGAUUCAGAUUUUGUUAGUGUUGAUAGCUCUGGCAUGUGUACCGUGUAUGCUGGUGGUGAAGACUUUGGUCCUGCGCCGCCAGUACCUGUGGAAAAAACACCUGUCCCAGAUGAGGGAAGCAAGACCUGCAGAGAAUCUAGAAACUUUAGAGCAGACAGGCACCAGCUCACCCACCGGACUCACCCAACAGGGCACGCAGAAGUUCGGUGGUGUCCGGGUCGGAAACGGGCCUACAGAGGACGAAGCGGAGAUCAUUGACCACGACCAGCUCUCGCAGCAUUCAGAGGAAGGAGACGAGGUAGAUGGCGAAAAAAGUAUGUGCUUUAUUCAUGAAACAAGACCACAUAUUUGUACCAGACAUGUGUAAAAUUAAUGUGGAUAAAGAAAAAUACUUUGAAUCCCAAGUGCAUUUACACAAAUUUAGAAAACCAAAAAGUAUAAGUUUGUGCCCCGCUGUAUGUGUGUAAGAGUAACAUUUUUGUGCUAUCAUAAAGGGGGAUAUUUUUUAUUUUAUAAUAAUAAUAAUUAUAAUAAUAAUAAUAAUUAUUAUUAUUAUUAUGUAUGAAAUGGCUUAAAAUGUUUUUCGUUUUUUUUCACCGAAACUCCACGCUUUUCAUUUAAUUGGGUCAUCCAUUUGUUUGUAGUCAGUUUUCUUAUUUCAACAAAGGCUACUGAUGUUAAAUUUUUCUUUAUAAAAGUUUAUGCAACACUAUGCGCUUUGUGUUUAGAUUAUGAGCUCUUGACAUUGUUAAGUAGUGAACAAAACAAGGAAAGUGUGAAAAAAUUUGUUUUCUUCCUGGUCAUUGUUUUGAGUAGCAGUAAAGCCACGUUAAGCGUUUUAAAAUGUAAUUUGAAUGCCAUAAACCGGAGCAUAAUUGAGCGCAAUGUAAUAUGCGUAUUUAUGCAUCAGUAUAAUCAGAAUGUGCAUACCAAAUAAAAUUGCUAUUAGUAACUGAAUCAUUAGUGGUUUGUGCACAGUAUACACACACAAUAAAAAUGGCUUGUCCACGUUUGACGUACUUUGCCGCUGCCUGCUGCAGUAUGAAAGAUUCACAGAUCCCCGGGUAAGCACAAGCCAAAUAUCGGCUUCGGCACAAGAAAAGCACCAGUGAAAAAUGAGUAUAGCUUAACGAAAGAGUAUAUAUUCAAACAAAACGUGUCACUCUUUCAUACAUUCAUACUCAUAGUCAGUGAUAUGAAGUCAGCAAUAGUUUAUUGCCAAAUCGCUUGCUGUGCAUUUUGGUGAGAGGUCCCAUGUGAGAAAUGAACUCACUGACUAAACCAUUAGCAAUCAGUGUUGGUUCAAAGAAUGAAACACGACUGCCCUCUACUGAUCAUGUCUCUCCUGUACCGCCUAAUGACGCAUCACACCACGUGAUAUCACAGGAUCUGUUUCCCUUUGACACUGUAACAAGGUAAAUGGAAAGGAGGAGGCGAGAACCGGCAUGAUAAUAUAAAUAAAGGUUAAUAACAAACUUAACCAAAAGCACCAACACACACAGUGUCGGACAGCUGUCCGUAACUCUCUCUCUCUCUGUCGCACUGCCGUCUCCGGUCGGCCUUAUUCCUCUCAGGCUUAAUCAGCCUAAUUAGGGGCCGGGUGUGCGGAAUCACGACCCGGCCACACCCUCCGCCCUGCCACAUUCCUCCCUCAUUCUCUGACGUACACCCCCCCCCCCCCCCUUUUUUUUCCCUGGGGGGAGACGUGCCCUUCCAGCCCCGUCUGCCGGCAGGUCAUCCCAGCCUUCCUGGAACUGGGAAGGUGACAAGGGGAGGGAAACAACAAUAAAAAAAAACACGGUACAUAAACGCCAUAACGGCUGAUGAUACCAACUUAAUAUAAUAUUUAAAAAGAGAGGGAAAGGCCUACACAGAGCAGCAGCGGGAGAGAGAGAGAGAGAAAAAAAAAUACUUACUCGCCUGUUCUCUGAUACGCCGUAGCCUGGUCCUCGGCCACUCCUCUCAGACCCUGCCGCGUUUCAGUGGCUGGUAGGUGUCUCCUCCGCACCUGGCAGUGGCCCUGACCGCUCCAGGCAGUCGGUUAGGAGCCCCUCCUCCCCUCAUGGUCGGCAGCCAUUCCUCCACUCUCAGGCGGCCUGGCUUCUCCGUUCCCCGGCGGAUGGCUGCGGCUGCUCCGUUGGGGUAGAUGGUAGUGGCGAGGACCAUCUACUACGGCGCAUCCCUCCUCCUUCCCGGAUUUUGGCACCAGUGUAACCCAUCAAUGGAAAGGAGGAGGCGAGAACCGGCUUGACAAUAUAAAUAAAGGUUUAAUAAGAAACUUAACCAAAAGCACAAACACACACUGGUGUCGGACAGCUGUCUGUAACUCUCUCUCUGUCGCACUGCCGUCUCUGGUUAGCCUUAUGUUGAAUCACCCCGGCUCCGCCCUCCACCCUGCCACAGACACACAUUCUCAAAGGCCGCAUCUGUACAUAUUGAGAAAAAGCUGUUCAUUUCAUCAAAAUGAUGUAGCCUAUUGGUCUUUUUUUUUUUUCAACAUAAACAGACUAUGAAAAAUGGUUACACGAUUACUUGAAAUGCUCCCGAUCAAAACAAGCCCAAAUACAACACUAAAGCCGCAAGUGGCAGUUAUUGUGGUCCAGGCACUUUGGAAAAAAGUGACCAAAAUUGGCAAAUUUAAACAGAACUGUUCCGUUAGUGGCAAAGUAAUUUAAUUACCAAGGACCAUAGUGGCACCAUUAAUGCAGCAAACUCUUUUUGUACUGUGCAAGAUAUAGGUUUUGGACCCUUGUUUGUCUACCAGUAUUGGUAUUGGUGCAGAUCCCUAAUUAAUCAAUAUGUCCCAAGGUUUUCUUAUUAAAAAUACAACCAACUCAUGUGGAAAAACUACAGCCAUUGCUUAAGUGAUGUUGCCCUGUGAGAUGUUGUAGUUUGAUAACAUAAAAGCUUUUAGAUCACUAUAUUGUUUAAAAGAAACUUUAACAUGUAAAUUACCAGUCUUUGAGCCAGUGAAGCUGUUGAGUUAGAGGCAGAAGAGAAGGAUAGAUUAAACGCUAGGGAGAUAAUAGAUUUGUCAUCCCGCAGUGAUAUGAGAAAUGUAAACAGAAGAGUAACUUUUCACAGAUACCAUGAGAGCUCUCUGACUCACCCACUCCAAACAUACCCACCACUGGAAUGUGCAAAAUAUUUUCAUUCUCUCUCUUAACAUUUGACAUAGUCCUCAAUAGUCUGUUCCAUUGUGCAUUGAAAAGAGGAUAAUUAUGAUAAUACACUAGAACGAAAGGCUGUAGCACCUUACGAAUCCUGUGAAGAACAUGUCCGGGACUCUGGGUUACUAGGGAUGUCCCAGUACAAAUACUGGUAUUGGAAUCGGGUCCCAUACCGCGCUCAUGUAACAGGUCAAUAGUAUAAUCAAUAGUAAUUGUGUUAUAUACAGUAGAAGCAAAAUCUGUUAUAUUCUGUUAUGCAGCACUUGACAAAAAUAACCCCAAUGAUGUAUUUUGGAUUGUGCUGUGAGAUUCUGUUUAUAAGCACUUCAUUUGAUAAAACUGUACAUAUUUAUGUUAAAAACUAAUUUUUAUUUUCAUUUGAUUAAAGGUUCAAUUAAUUCAUUUAGUUAGACACGAUUUUGAUUAUAAAACUGAAGUAAACUGUUGAUAUGGAAUUCAGAAAAAAAACACACAAAAAAAAAACAGUUUUCGGUAUUGGCAAGUACCGAAAAGGAAGUAGCGGUACUCAUACCCGCUCUCAAAUAAAUGGUAUCAGGACAUCCCUACGGGUUACAUUUCACAUCAAAAUCAAAAGAAAAACAAAAAGAAAAAGUGUAUUGAAAAUGAAUCCUAUUUUAGGACUAUAAAUAUUUCUUGUAAAUUGUAAAGUAUUUAUACUUCAUUGUGUAUAUUUAUACUUUAUUUAAGGAUGAUUUAAGUUAAAAAUCAUUACAGUAUUUUUUAUGUAAAAAAAAAAGCAUAAUAUCACAAUGCAAAAUCCAAAAAGACCUUAAUUGACUUUAUGCAAAUUGUUCUGACUAGAUAAUGAUUAGAAAUUGUGAAUUAUUUAUAUAUCAUGAUAAUAUUUAAAUACUGACUUUAUUUAAGAAUGAAUAAAAAAUCUGUACAGUGUUUUUUACAGUAAUGCUUUAAUACAAAAUAUAUGAAAAUAAUGUCACAGUGCAAAAUGCAAAAUGUUCUCUCUCUCUCUCUCUCUCUCUCUCUCUCUCUCUCUCUCUCUCUCUCUCUAUAUAUAUAUAUAUAUAUAUAUAUAUAUAUAUAUAUAUAUACUGUACUAUCGAAAUAUAAGGGACAGUACUAAACGCUACCAAUCCAAGCUGUGGAGACACUGGUAUCGUUGCAUCUUUGUAACACACUGAUUUGUAUGAAUUUUUUUAUUUUUUAUGUAUGCUGCUCAUUUUAUGUGUUGUCUUGUAUUUUAAUUGGACCCUGAGUCUGUAAUAAUGUUUUGAAAGUAUAUAUAUAUAUAUAUAUAUAUAAUAUUAUGAUUAUUAUUUUAUUAUUUAUCUAAUUUUUUUUUUUUUUUUAAUUUAUUUAUUCAUUUAUUUUUUUUUGCAGAAUCAUAAACCAUUUAAAUUAGACUCUUUUUGGUCAGGUUUAGAGGUCAAUGAACUGUUUACAAAAAAUAACACAUUCACAUAAGUGAAUUGAUUAUUAAAUAUUUGUGGCAUCACUAUUAGACAAAAUGGUGAUUAAAUAUAUUUGGAAUGCACUACAGUUUGAAACUCCAUUAUGAAACAGCAGUAAUUUAUGGCCAUCCAAAAUUUCUUUACAGAGUAAAUCAUCACACAAUUUAUCAAGAAUGGAAGAAGUAUAAGUUGUAACUGUGAAGAAGGUAUGAGUGUGGUCUGCGGUAUUAUCAACAGAUGGCUUUAAUUGUUUGUGGUGAGAUGGUAUUGUGCUGAUCUUCAUCUACAGAGAUGGAAAAAUGCACCUUGCAGACACAAGGACAGGAUUCAGCAUGCAAAUAUCAAUAUAUUUUUAUACAAUAGAAUAUACAAUAGCAGUCUAUUAAUAAAGAAUUGUUUGGUGCAUGUGUGCCAGUGUUGAAAAGAGGGCUAUGCCCAUCAUACACACUGGUGUGUAAUUCACGCUGAUAACAAUUCAAUUUGAUUACAGUUCUUUACUAAAUGAUUCAAUACAUCAUAAAGUCUGACAUUAGGUGAACAUUUGUUUAGAUUAUUUUGAUACGAUUCAUGGUUAUUGUAAAAAAAAAAAAAAAAAAAAAAAAAUGGUAAGGACAAUCAAUUAACACUAUCAGUUUUGAUUGGGGAUAGAUUUGGUGGAUUUUGUUUUUGUUUUUUGGAUAAGAAAUAAACAUAGAAUACCUAGGGUAUUAUUAUGGAAGUAAUUAAAGAUAGUUUAGUAUAAAUUCCAUAAUGAAUGUAUUGCAUAUUCUUGUAAUGUAUUUUUACACCCCAGGAAACACUGUAUUUGCUAAGCUGUAACGUUUGAUUGUCUUUUUCUCAUUGUUAUGGAUUAAUGUUUCGUACAUUUUACAGUUAAAUAAUAAAAAGAUGCAUACUUUUCUCUCUGACAAUAUAUCUUAAACUCUGCUCUCUGCU